AUGGUUCGAAUACAGCAUGUAAGUUCUUAUUUUAUGCCACUAUUCUGUUCGUCUAAUCCCUAUAUUGUUACGUCAGCACUAGUUGUGACAUUAAGUGUAUUUUUAGGGAUGUUUUUAAGUUCUAAUUUAUUACUAGAUCACUAUUACGAUGAUCCGUUAAUGUUUAAACCAAAUUCUCAAGAUUAUUUUAGAACUGUAUUAUUGGGUAUGUUUUCCCCCUUCUUAUUCUAUUUUGUAAAAUUUUUGGUUUUCAAUAUAAGUGAUAAAUAUAUAUUUUUAAAUCUUUUUAUUGAUUUUACCCUUAAUUUUUGGUUUAUGUUAAUAAUAAUAAUAGGCCUAGCUUAUCCACAAAUACAAGAACAGGGUGACAAUUACUCCAUAUUGACAGAUGAUGGUGAUUAUGCUAGUUCAGAAUGGCAUAUAAUACCAAGGCAAUCAUAUCUAUUUGGUAUUGCCUGGUGUCUCGGUGAAUUUGUAAUUGGUUUAGUUAGUAAUCUCUUUUGUUACCGGGAAACGUCGACUGAUCCAAUACUUAAUAAAGAUGAAUUUACAAAUGAAGAUAACUUAAACAAUGAUCUAUUAAAUAAUACUUUUGAAAGGAAAUCGAUUUUAAGCGCAAGAGGAAAUAUUACACUAUCUCAAUGUGUUAAGGUAAGGACAAACUCAUCAACAUUAUCAAAUAAUGUAUACUCUGGAAGCUAUGAGAAUAGUAAACCAAAGUACGGUAGUACUGAUGUUAAAGUAUUGCAAAAUCAUGAUUCAAAGCAAAGUAUUAAACCUGAUUCGAAAUCUGAUAAUUUAGAAGCUAAAAUUAUUCUAGUGAACCCUAAUGAUAAUUCUUUAAAAUUGACGACAAAAGAUACAUUAGAUGACUCUAUUGAUCUCUCUAGAGGAGGUCAAUCUUCCUUUCAAAAGAGGUCCCUGGAUGGAAGUCAAUACAUUAAUGGUUACGACGAAAGGUUUGUAAUACAUUUCUCACCAAUAACUUCAAAAAGAGAACUUACUAAGGGACUAGUUGUGCUGACAUGGACAGUCCUAAGCAACAUUUUUUUAACUAUUGGACAAAGUUUAAUGAUGUCAAUUUAUUUUAUUUAUGUUAGAGGUCACGAAAAAUUAUUUACCAAGGUAGUCAUAUACUUUGGUUCUAGAUCAAUUGUAUUUUUCUUGUUUUGUGCCAUUACUCCACUAAGUAUAUUGAACUUUAUUAUUGGUAUAUUUAUAUUUUUUUGGAAGGAUUAUGAAGAGUCUCAAAAUAAAUAUACAGAUAGUGAAAGUGAAGAUGAGCUAGGUACGGAGCUUGAUGGAAAUAGUGAGCCUAAUAAGAGACCUCGCUCUAAGUCAAUAAUAGAUUUCUAUCAUAAUUAUAAUAGUAAUAGUAAUUAUGGUAGUGCAAGCAAUAAUUUGAGUUCUACAACAUUAAUUAGACAGCCAGAUUUUUCUUCUCCAAUGGAUAUUAAUGAAGGACCAAAUUCUAUGUUACUUUUGAUGGAUUCAUCUGAGUUUUACCCACAAGAAGAAUAUUACAAUAACGAUCCAAAAUUUGUUCGUUUCAUUAAGAUAGUGAUAGGGUAUUGGAGAAAACUGGGAACGGACAAGAAUUCGAUCUUGUUAAUGAUGAUGCUUUGGAGUGCCACUAUGUUUAUCGGUAGUUUAUAUUGUACUAUACUGCAGUGA